GACGGCGACCAACAACUUUGCAUCUGACAGACUAAUCGGUCGAGGCGGCGUCGGCAAUGUGCACAUGGGAAGGCUUUCUGACGGGCGGGAGGUGGCCAUCAAGCAGUUUCACGAUGAUCUUUCCAUAUAUGCUAAAAAAGAAAAAAGGGAAUGCAACACAACCCAGCAAAUUUAAGGCUGCAUGUUCGGUUGGGUUGGCGAGAUGAGCCCACUACAAACUGGGCCAAAAGCCCAGUCAGUAAUGGACAUCCCUUUGCCUGGCGAAACGGACCCAGGCCGACUUCCUACUGAAAAAAAAACUUUUCUCGUUAAAGGCGCCAUUGACGGGCUCAAGAGUCAAGAGCUCGAAACGACUCGAUUCAUCCAUGGCGCUUUUGCCUUUCCGUCGCCAUCGUCGGCGGCUUGGGUGUAUGGUGACGUAUGCGCCGGCGAGCUCCGCGUGCCGUAUCAACACCACCUUGCAGACUGCUACUGUGAAGAGCGACGUAGUGUGCUCGUCGGAAUCGCCGUGGGACCCAUCAUCGUCCGCGUCCGGGUGGGGGCGCGCGUUGGCAUGCGCUCCAGAUGUUCGUCGAAAUGCCGCGCCGCAAGUCUGCACAGGAGAGACAGGGUUUCCACCCCGCGUGAGGCACUGAGGCGACAUGAACGGUCACGGCGCAUUCUCAGACCGACGAGGACGAUCAUGACGGCUUGACGCGCAGCAUGUCCUUGGUCACGCACCUACAUGUACUAAAUUCCCUCCGACCCACCUUCCAGGGUGUUUCGCGGUGAUCACCUCAACUCUGCUUUAUCCUUCCCUUUGUCUGCUCCAUAAACCCACGGGGUGGGGCUUAUGGCGUAGUCUUCUUCAUUUGUCUUCACGAGUACACUGCUUGCUGCCCACUGAACGCCCAAACUGGUGUUCUGUGGUGAAACCUUGAUUUCAGGCAAAAACUUGAAAUUGGCAAUUGAUUGAGAGCAGGCAGCUGCUGGCUGAAAGGUGAGAAAGCAGUGAAGCUAUGGCACAUUUACAGUGGGAAGGCAUGGAUCGAAUGGCUACUAUUGCGCAGCUGACAGGAGUGGACGCUCUGGGGCUCAUCUCAACGAUCGUGCAGGCGGCGCAGGCAGUUUGCCGGAACAAGGAGACCUGCCAGGAGCUGGUGCAGGAAAUUCAGCUGAUCCGCGACCUCCUGCGGAUGUUGCAGGACCCAGAGAUGAUGUGUCGGGAAGAGAUCGUGAACGUGCUCAGUGGGCUGGAGGGGACGCUUAAGGAGGCGUAUGCCCUUGUCACUUCCUGCAGGGACUGCUCAACCAUGUACCGUUUCUUCAUGGGUUGGAAGCAGGCAGACCAGUUCCGUCGCAUCAAAAAGAAGAUCGGCAAGCACCUCCGUUUCUACCCCAUGAUCAGCCAUGCCGACCUAACCCGUCGUCUCGAAAAACUUGCCAACAGUGCUGCUUUAUCAACAUGCUCAUCCCAGGAUGCACAAGAUGUACCGGCAUCAUCAUCGACCAGCCACUCAAACCCUGAAGCUAGGGCUGAAGAGGUCAAUGACGAGUUUGAAAAAGGCGAAGUAGUAACCCAAUCUAUUAAUGAGGUGGAACGUCAUGAAGCAGGUCACCAGGAUGCAGUGCAAACAUCGUCGGUUAGGAAAUCAAGAUCUUGGUGGCAUGAUGUAAUAUCCUCGAAAAAGGCUGCAGAUGCAGUGAAAGCACAUGUAGUGCCCCGCGCGAUCGAGUUGUUCAGUUUGUCAGAGCUCGCAAAGGCGACCAUGGACUUCGCUCUUGACAGAGAGAUCGGUGAAGGCAGCUUCAGCAAUGUGUACAGGGGAAUGCUUCCUGACGGGCGGGAGGUGGCCAUCGAACGCAAAAAGGUGGACUCUAGUGCUCGGGGGAUGGAGGCAUUUCGUGCAGAGGUUACAAUCCAGUCCCUCCUUCACCACAAGCAUAUUAUCCGCCUGGUUGGCUGCUGCGUGAUGGAGGAGGAGGAACACUGGUCAUUGUUCCAGAAAAAGAACAUGGUGGAGAAACGGCUGCUCGUCUUCGAGUAUAUGGAGAACGGCUCGCUUUUCGACCACCUUCAUGGUCCAUCCACAUCAUCCUUCUCACCGGUGACGGCGUCCUGGAAGACGCGCAUUGAGAUACUGCUGGGCGUGUCACGCGCCAUUGAGUACCUGCACUCAUACGCCACGCCGGCGGUUAUCCACUGUGACAUCAAAUCGUCCAACAUCCUGCUUGACUCCAGCUGGUCACCGCGCUUGUCGAGCUUUGACAUAGCGGUUAGCUGCGACGAGGCGGAGUGUGUUGACAUUUGCGUCCGUGGCACGUUGGGAUAUCUUGACCCGGAGUUUGUACGCACAAGAACUCUGAAGCCAGCGAGCGACGUCUAUAAUUUUGGCGUUGUGAUGCUGGAAGUAUUGUCAGGCAGGAGGGCAAUUUGCCGCUGGAAGGAGGAUCAUGGCGAUGGCGAUGGCGAUAGCCCCAUGGAUUCUUUGGUUAACCACGCGCUGCCACUCAUCGAUGCGGGGCAGGUGCUCCAUCUGCUGGAUAGGCGGCCGGCGGAGGAGCCAACGCCAAGGCAGCUCGAGGCGGCGGACCUGGUGGCACGCACGGCAGCGCACUGCCUGCAAGAGAAUGGGGACGACCGGCCGGCCAUGUCGGACGUCGUGACCAGACUCCAGGCGGCGCUGGAGCUCGUCCGUUGCGAUGAUGAGUAGCAUGGUCUGGGCAUCUUCACGGAUGCAUGAUUUAUAGAUCAUAAUACUGCUGUAGUGCUGUUACACCUUCCCGAGAUGUAGAGGCCGGGUUAAUACAAUCUGUUAUCUAAAAAAAUUUGGCAUCCUAGCUCCCUGGUGAAGGAUAUGAUAUGAUAUAGACAAAUUAAUGUAUGGGAUUAAUACAUGAUGAGAUUGUAAACAAGUUUCACUGCGGUCUUUGUGUAGUGAGGCUAUCCAAAAUUUUCUUUCCACUGGAAUUGCUAGUUA